UCUCAACCCUCUGAAUAUCCGGCAAUUCGGGGGAACUAAAAUGGUCGACUAUUGCAGCAACGCAGGUGUUAAUAUUUCGCCGAGUGUCAAGGAAGAACCAGCACGGGAUUCAACAAAACAUGAUGAAUUUGCCAUCCAUGUCAGCAGCCAUGGUGAAGAAAUGCCCCGCCAGUUCAGCUGGUCUUCUGCUCUAGCAUUGGGGUUCUCAAUCACGAAUUCAUGGGCUGGAUACAUGAGCAACUUUGGUCAGAAUGUCACCUAUGGAGGACGACAAGUCUGUCUUUUCAGUCUGCUUGUCGCAUUCGCGGCGCAGUUGAUCAUCACAGUUGGACUGUCUGAGCUUGCCUCAGGGUUUCCGUCGAGCGGUGGCCAAUAUUAUAUUUGCUUCAUCAUCAGUCCGGAAAAGCAUCGUCGCUUCUCUGGGUUUGUUGUGGGAUGGAUAUCCGUUUUUGCAUGGUGGAUUGUCACGUAUGUGCCCAUUGAAUGCUCAUUAACCCUGUUGGCUAAAACACUCGACAGCUGCUCUGGAAUUUCUCUCUCCUCCAAUGCUCUUACUGGGAUAGUCCACUUCUGGGAUUCUGAUUUCGUGCCCACUCAAUGGCAAACUUAUCUUGUAUAUGCUGGCGUCUCUUCUGCUACAUUAAUUCCACUAUUUGUGGUACCGAAGAAAGUCUCUUUGCUGGUACAGUGCACGUUCUAUAUCUCCAUAAUCGGAUUUAUACUCUUCUUCGUGGUCUCUCUGGGAAUGCACCGGGGACCGCAACAUGCCGAGUACAUCGUGCAAUCUGGCCAAGGAAGCAGUGGCUGGGGUGAAGGCACCGCUUGGAUGCUUGGGAUAGCCAACGCCAUGUAUCCUUUUGGAGGACCAGAUGCUGCUAUCCAUAUCAGUGACGAGAUAAAGGACCCGGGACGUCGCAUACCCCAGGUCAUGAUGGCAACCUUGGUUAUCGGCUUGUUGACUUGCUUCCCCCUCUUCGUUGUCUUCAUGUCGUUCAUGAAGGACAUAGACGCCGUUGUCAACGCGCCACUCCCCAGUAUCGAACUGGUUAACCAAAUAAUUGGAAACAAAAACGUAACAACGUUCUUGUUUGUUUGGCUAUGGAUUGUAUAUACAGCUGCAAUUCCCGCGCAAUGGAUAACUUGUGGAAGAACUACCUGGGCAUUUGCACAAGAUCACGGCCUUCCCUUCUCUGAAUAUUUCUCCCGAAUCGAUCCUGGACUCAAAUUCCCCGUGCGAGCCACUAUUGCCGCCUUCCUUUUCACCUGUAUCUAUGGCCUUCUCUAUCUUGCAUCCAGCACGGCAUUCAAUUCAAUCAUCACCACAGCAGUAUUGUUCUUAACCACCACCUAUGUGGUCCCUCAGGGCAUCCUUUUGUCCCAGGGUCGCUCGCGCUGUCUUCCAGAAAGCAGAUAUCUCAAACUGGGGUACGUUGGCCUUUUCUGUAAUGUAUUCUCAGUCCUCUAUAUAAUUGUGCUGGGGACAUUUCUCUGCUUUCCACCGUUGCUUCCGGUGACCAAAGGCUCCAUGAGCUACACUAGCCCAGUUCUUGUUGGUUUAUUUGCGGUGAUUGUUGGAAUGUGGUUUAUAUUUGGGAGAAAGAAGUUUCAAGGACCAAAGAUAGACUGCGAUAUUCCCAGAAAUAAUGAGAAAUGAAGGAAUAUCAACACUAAAAUGAUGAUAUUGAAACAGAAUAUCGAUACCUGACUAAGCAAGAUACUC